AUGGGCAAGCCCCGCCUAAUCCUCAUAAUACGCCACGCCCAAUCCGAAGGCAAUCGCGACAAAACCAUCCACCAAACCACGCCCGACCACAAAGUCCCCCUCACCACCGAGGCCAAGCCCAAGCCCUCGCCGCAGGCACCAAACUCCGCGAACUCCUCCGCCACGACGACACCCUCCACUUCUUCAUCAGCCCCUAUCGCCGCACUCGCGAAACCACAGAAGAGGUCGAGGAUCAAGGUGUACGAGGAGCCUAGGUUGCGGGAGCAGGAUUUUGGGAAUUUCCAGCCGGGGACGGAUGAGGUUGAGCGGUUGUGGCGGGAGAGGGCGGAUUAUGGGCAUUUCUUCUAUCGGAUUCCGAAUGGGGAGAGUGGGGCGGAUGUUUAUGAUCGGAUUACGAGUUUUAAUGGGAGUCUCUGGCGGCGUUUCAGCGAAGACGACAUGGCGAGUGUGGCCGUCCUGGUCACGCACGGGCUGUGUUCGAGGGUGUUUCUGAUGGCGUGGUACCACUACAGUGUUGAGUUCUUUGAGGAUUUGCGGAAUAUCAACCAUUGUGAGUUCUUGGUGAUGAAGUUGGCGAAUAAUGGGAGGUAUGUGCUGCAGAACCAAUUGCGGCAGUGGAGUGAUCUGAGGAGGGAGAGGGCGUCGAGGAGGAGUAUUACGGCGGCGGAGACGGCGAGCGAGGUGCCGCAGGUGCCUGUGAGGAGGUGGCAGUCGAAGCAUAGGCAUGAUGCGAGCGGGAGUACUUUCAAACCCAGACAACCGCCGCAAAGGCAGAGCACGAGGGAUAUGUUCCGGAAUGACUCCGAAUCGGACUCUGAGUCGGGAGACGAUGUAGAUCCGAUGAGCCAUGCUGCGGUUUCAAGCAAAGCGGAUGCAGCUACCGAGACGACUGACGGCCCUUCCUCCUCAACGACAAGCACCCUUGCACCAAAGAAAUCAACCUCCCGCCCAAAACUAAAAGCCUACCUAGGCCGAGACGGCGGCGGCUCGAAAUCAGGCAUGGCCUCGCCCCUCAACGGCUCUGACUCCGAAUCCGCAGCACCCAUCUCAGUUCCAAUGUCACUCACGAAUACCACCUCCGCCUCGCACCCAACUUUUAGCUCCUCCCUAGCAAGGGCCCUCAGAGGGGAGUUUGAUGACCCGAACAGGGUGUUGGCAGACGCGCUUGGCGACCAAAGUGACGCCGAAGUCGAUGAGGUGGACCGGGAAGUUGGAACGAAAGCGCGAGAGGAAAGCGAGCAGCGAGAGAUUUUGGAGGGGGAACGCCGGGAGAGGAGGGGCAGUGGGUGGUGA